AUGGCCGAAGUACCGGUUUCCGUUUCUGGUUCGGUCCGGGCUCAGUCGGCUCCCGGUGUGGGUGGGGCCGUGCCGGGUGGGGCCGUGCCUGCCGCUCCGUCCGGUCUGGCCAAUCCGGCCAAUCCUCAAUCUCCGGCUCCCGCCAACUCGGCUUCUGCUGCCGCGUCGACUGCCGCCGCCGCCACUGCUGCCGCCCCCGCAGCUGCCACCGCCCCCGCCGCCAUCCCCGCCCGCGCCAACAACACCACGGUGCGAGCCUGGACCGGCUCACUUGAGCAGGGCAGGAUGCAGAUCUGCGGAUUGAUUGCCCGGUCCAGGAGGCACCACCAGGAGGGCAACGUCCCUGAAGCCGAGCUCCACAACCGCAGGGAGGAUGUCCGGGCCUUCCUGUGGUACCUGGAGUUCCAGUACAGCGGCCCGAUCUCGCAGCUCAGGGCACGCCAGAACAUGAUCGACAAAGCCCUGCAGCUGCUGUUCAAGGACACGCACCGAGAGUACGUGCCCGCCGACAUCUCGCGCACCGCUGCCACCGUCUUUGCCCUGUUCGACCGCGCCAACUGGGGUGCGGGCGGCAACAACACCAACAGCGCCGCCAACGCAGCCAACGCAGCCGCCGCAGCCGCAGCCGCCGCCACCAUCGCUCCCACCUCCACUGCCAACACGGCCUCUACCAACGCCGGCCCGAGCAGUGCUGCCCCCGCCAACGCCGUCUCAGCAAACGCCGCACCGGCCCACGCCGCACCUGCCAACGCCGUCCCAGCCAACGCCGUCCCAGCCAACGCUGUCCCAGCCAACGCUGCGCCGGCCAACGCUGCACCGGCCAACGCCGCCCCUGCAAACGUCGCCAGCACCGCCAACAACGCCGUCUCCGCCCCCGUCCCGGCCCCGGGCUCCAACACCGACGCCAACGGCAACCGUCUCCCGCCGGCCAACCACCCCAUCUGGGGCACCAACGGCAUCAUGCACGGCAUGUACAUGGUGCGCGGCCCUGGCAACCGGCCCACGUACCGCUACGACCCGCGGUACAUGCACCAGAAGCGCGACGCGCGCGUAAUCGGCGCCAACGGCCUGGUCCCAGGCGCCUGGUGGCCGCUGCAGGCGCUGGCGGUCUUCCACGGCGCGCACGGCCAGACCAUCCGCGGCAUCUCGGGCAGCGCGACGCAGGGCGCCUUCUCGAUCGUCAUCUCGGGACGCGCGCGCGCCACCUACGCGCACCUCGACGCGGACAACGGCCACACGGUGCAGUACGCGUCGGACUCGCCGGCGGCCGCGCCGUCGUCGGACACGCGCGCGCUGCAGACGUCGCUGCGGACCGGCGCGCCGGUGCGCGUGCUGCGCGGCGCGGGCGCCCGCGCCCACGCCCUCGCCCCGCCCGUCGGCAUCCGCUACGACGGGCUCUACCGCGUCGUCGCCUCCCGCCGCGCGCCCGACCACCGCGGCGAGGAGUGCCUCGUCUUCCGCCUCGUGCGGGAGCCCGGCCAGCUGCCGCUGGCGCAGAUCUGUGCGGCGUCGCCGACGCCCGCGCAGAUCCGCGCCGAGCGGCGGUUGCGCCGGGGGUACUGA